AUGGAUCCCGGUAGCGCGAGCGCGCUGGAACAUGCUGAAGGCUUCGAAGCCCUGAAACACGAACAGAAGACCGUUGGCACAGUCGAGCGUCUCAACAUUCCCGUUGGCAGUACGACGGUCCGUGGAUUCCUGCAUCUACCUGCCGGCUAUAAGGAGAAUCAGGACAGAAUCUCUGCUGCUGCCCUGCUUCUAUCAGGUGCUGGUGGAGGUGUGAGCGGGCCGUCCGGGAUAUAUGUCUCAAUUGGCGACAAGCUCUCCAGUCUCCGAAGAGGUAUCCCAGUGCUCCGGCUUGAUUAUCGAUACCCCGCCGAUAACAACCCCUGCGUGGAAGACGUAACAUCGGCGAUGGGUUAUCUCGACGGAAAGUACUCCAUUCGCAGUUAUGUGUUGGUUGGGUGGUCCUUUGGUGGUGCGCCAGUAUUUACGGUCGGCGGACAGGAGAAAGACCGAGUGCUGGGCUGCGCUACGGUUGCAAGCCAAACUGCAGCCACCAACGGCAUCAGAUAUUUGGCACCUCGACCAGUCCUGUUGCUUCAUGGCACAGGCGACCGAACGCUGAAUUGGCACUGUUCUCAGAGCCUCUAUGAAGCGUAUGGCAAAAAAGGAGACCGGAGUCUGAAGCUGUUCGAGGGCGAUGACCAUGCACUGACUAAGAACUCACAUGAGGCAGAAGAGUUGUUGUGCAGUUUUAUUGCCAGAUGCUUGGACGUGGGUGUGUCGGGUCACGAGCGGGAGAGUGUGCUCCAGAAGACGUUGACUAAAGACGGCGACAAGGUGGAUUUGAUGAAAAAGGGGGGUGAUCUCGAAGGAGAGCGGGUUGAGUAG